CUGCAGUGUAUUGACUGAGUUUAAAGUCCAAGCUCCCUCAAACUGUCCCAGAAAGUUACAGGGGACAAACAGGUAAAAACCAACGCAUACUAUGUUGCAGCAUGCUUUCACUAUAAUGACAGGACAGUCCACGCGCAGACACAGUAGCAGCUCAUGAGGACAGAUAAUGAAGAGGACAUUCUCUGGAGACAGCGGCAGUGUCACCAGCUCUACUUUUUUCAUAAAAAUGUCAACUAGGCAUCAAGCACUCCAUGCAAAAGUAAUCUAAAAAGCAAGACUAUGAGAGAGAUCUGCCUUCAAAUUAAGAUGGGACCUCACUGAAAUCCUUUUUAAGGCAGUUUAAGAUGGUGUAAUCCAACAGCAGCCAUGUCCAACAAAGCUUCCUCUAAACGGCAUUAUCAGCCAGCAGCAGAGUUUGAUGAUGUCACGCUUGCCAACAAAAGGGAGUAUUGGAGGACCAAAAAAAGAGAGCAGAGAGCAAGAAAGUUAUCGACCAUGAAGAGGGGGACAUGUAAACAUGCAGUUAGCAUGUCCACUGUUAGUGAUGAACACUCCUCACAGAUACCUAAAGUGGUCAAUGAUUACCCAAUGUGUAAAAGUGAUGUUUCAUGCAAACUGGAAGAUGUUGAUACUCCUAAAAACUUAUCCAGCUUAUGUCUAUUAGUAUCUGAGAGUAAUGUUAAUACAGUGCCAUGUCAAAAAGAAAGAUGGUUUCAGAGGACUAAACUCAGCAAUGUCUUACCUCAGUUCCCAGAAACAAGCACAAAGUCCCUGAAGGGUGUAAUGGGCAAUAAUAAAAAAGGAAGGUCCUCAGUUACAGGGUCAUCAAACACAGAUGCUACAAUGGUCAAACACGGUGAAUAUAUCUGCCCCACGGGCUGUUCAGUUCCUACAGCAUGCAUUGAGUUGCAUCCAAACAGCACACUUCCUCAAAAAACAAGUAUAAGAAUGUCAGCCCUCCAUGGCAACCAUUUAGCAACAUAUCGGCAAAGCCUUGUUUCCAUGGAUUUACCUGUACACAACAACCAAAAUAAGCCUAAAAUUAAAAACUGUUUACCUCUCAGACCCUUGACCACAGGGGAUUGUAAAGUUUCUAAAAAUCAUAGUUACCUUGGCAGCAAAAGGCCCAUCACAAAGAGGAAAACAUGUGCCUUUGACUCAGAGCAGAACACUGUUGGAGCUAGAACCAUUGGAACAUCAAUGACUGAAGAAGAGAUGGCUGCUAAGCGUAGAGAAAACUGGCGCAUCAGAAAGCGAGAGCAGAGAGCAAAGCUUGCUGCAAAGCUGGCCAUGGACAGAGAAAGGAGUCUUGGACAACCUUCCUGUGUUCGGAUGGUACAAGUUUUAUCUCCUGUUAACACUAAGACCUUGAGAAGACUCAACCCCAACUCGACAAAUCCCGAAACCCUCAAUCAGCAGUCAUUGGGAUUAAAAAUUGAGGGUUCUCCGGCAUCAUUUGCAAAAAACUCAAUGCAAUAUCAUGUUCAGGGCACAAAACCAUCUUUAUCCUCUAUUUUACAGAAGUCCUCAAGUGCCACCCAAACUAUUAACAAAUCCAAAGUGAAUAAACGUACUCCAAGGAGACACCGUCAAAAGCAAAUGCGGACAUCUCUCCUUGGCGAUUCCAGAGGUGAGAACCCGGAGGAUAGGCAUGCCAAGCAGAAAGAGUACUGGCAAAUCAAAAAGUGUGAACAGAGAGCAAGGCUCUCUGAAGAGGUGAAAGUCAAAUUGAAGGAACGAGAUGUAAUUAAGUAUAGAGUUAAAAGCUACCACAACAGUUUAAAUGAGAUAUGCAGUGUUCAAGCAGGCUGCCAGAAAGCUCACCAAUCAAGAGAAAACGCAUUGACAAGUGCCUCUGAGACCAUUGGUGGUUUUAUCAAAGAAGAUGGCACAGCCUUCAUUUCAAAUACUUCUUCCGAUUGUUCUCUAGCUGCUAGUCAUGAUUUUUCAAAUGUGAAUUGUAUCGGAGAGGUAAAAGUUCAGGUUCAGGUUAGUUCACCCCUAUAUCCAGAUGCUCCAUCAGUCCCAAUGUCACCAAAGCUAGUUGCGGUCCAGAAUAAGGCUGCUCCAUGCAGUAUUUCAAGUAACUUCAUUAAUGCUCACCAAAAGUCCAUUGGGCACCAUUUUUCAAGAACCUCUCUGCGUAAAUCCAAGUUAGCCCAAGGUGCAGUUAUGGGCAGUAUGACCGUGACCAUGCAGAUUGGAAGCCCAACAGAGGAGGAGCGGGUGGCCCGCAUGAGGGAGUACUGGAGGAUAAAGAAACGAGAGCAGAGAGCUUGUCAGGCUGCUCGGCUCAGGAAUGGUCUGCUUAAGUCAAAGGUUUUAGUGUUAAAGCAGAGAAAGCAAAACCAGAAGUCAACCAAACGUUGCCCUUUAAUGGUGCCUCCAAAUGGUAUUACUUCAUCUGUUGAUACAACAAUUUGUGUAUCCUCAACCAGUGCCCCAUUUCUUACAGCCACCAGAAAACAAGAACACAUCUACCCCUCUGCACAGGCUGAAAUUAGUACAUUUAUUAAUGCUACAGACAACAAACCUUCACCCUGUUCACCUUCAGAGUCACGCAUUGAGCCUCUAGCAGUUGCUGACCAUAAUGCUACCACUUUUCAGGCUUUAUCCUCCAUGAAAAAGCUCCUGGAGGAAUCAACUAGCACUAAAUUAGAAUCAAUUAGAACUAAAGAUGACCUUACUUCUGAAUAUACUGAGACAAAUGUACAGUCAAAUGUUACCUUACAACAGAACAUCUUGUUAGAGUGUGACAUCUCAGUGGAUAGAAGCCAUAAAAAAGACAAAUUGAGUUCAUCACUUUACCACACUCCCUCUGAGUCAUUAGGCUUAUCUUCUGAAGACACCAGCCAAUAUCACUCCCAUAACAUAAAUGAAGGGGCUGUGGAUGGAAACCAUGCCCUUUCUCUAGUGGAUAUGCAACAUAUGGGCAGAAACAUCCAGAAACAUAGUGAUGAGAGAAGAGAUCCCAAUCAGUGCUGCCAUUUACAGUCCAUGCAAGAGCAGCAGCUAGAUGAGAACAAUGAGCUUCAACGAAAGAGAGAGUAUUGGCGGUUAAUGAAGAGACAACAGCGGGCCAGAAAAGCCAUUACAAGACAGGGAAGCAGAGAUGCAGUUCUUCACAAUCUGGCUUCACAGCCAGAACAGGUGAAAGGUGGCAGAAAUCAAGUUCAGCAUCCACCUUCUGCUGCAUCACAAAGCUCCACAUGCCACAUAACCGUCUCCAAUAAUCAUGAUGUUAAUAUUGCUGACACUGCACCUCCCACUCCUAUUCUGGUGAGUCCUAUUAUCUCUACCCAACAUCUUUCAAACGAACAAAGGCUGCUGUCAGUAAAGGACCAACAAGAUCAGACAUCACAGGCUCUUCAGGAGAAACCACGGCAGAACCAGUUUUCACACACUUCAAGCAAAACUGUCAUGCGAGCCACGUCCCAGGACACUGCCACAUACAGACAGAUUCUCAUUCAGAAGAAAAAAAGAUGCACAAAGUCUGCAAGUCCACAAACACAUCUAACAGAUCCAUUCAUUUGUAAAUCAAGAACUAAGAGAAGCCACAUCACGACAACCCCAUGUCCACAAGAUGAUCCAGAGGAAGUUGUUCGUAAAAGGCGCAUGCAUUGGAGGAUCAAGAAACAGGAGCAGAGAGCAAGAAAGGCAGUACGUUACAGGAAGUUUUGCCAGACAAUGGUCAACCACUGGGAUCCCAUCCCUCCACAAAGCCCCUUACAUCAACACCUGGCUUCACAGGGUCAGAACAACACCAGCUUCUGCUUAGAAGUUUUGAGCAUAAAAUCAGACGACCACCUAGGCUACAUAGCUGAGCCAUGUCAAACUGGAUUUAAAGAGGAAUUGAGCUUUGCACGUGACGAUGCCGCAGAGGUACCUUUAUCGCUGGCAGAUUGGAGAAAUGUCUACCUCAUGGACUUUGACCCUGUCAACCUGCAGUUGGUGUGUAUGGUUUGUGGAGAGCAGCAGUACUUCCACAGCAUGGAUGGAGUGAAGGCUCACAUUGAAGAGGGACAUCCCAAUACACUCUCAUUAGGAGAGCAGGAGCAUCAGGGCAUUCUUGAUGCCUGGGGAAAAACAGGUGGCUGUCCGAGAGCACUUCAUCACCAACCAGCUUUGGCAGCAAAGCCGGCUUCCACAGAUCAAAGUGCAAACUGCCCGGUCAAGACUGAAGUGAAGGUUGAGGGCUCAGACUAAUUGCUUGAACAAAAGUGGCAGACUUCAUAGAUUGAAGACCUUUGGAAGUGCUGACACGGACCCAUUUAUUCCUCUCUAUUAACUGCCAUCAUAGACAAGAGUCGAACCAAGUAAUACUUUGUUUGUUUUUGCGUGGUCUUGCUUUAGUUAAGAAUGAAGGCAAAUGUGAAAGUACUAAAUUUGUGUUUAUGAUUUAAGAUUAUUAUCUUGCUUAGUGAUAGGAGCAUAUUGAAAAGUUGAUUCCUCUUAUCACAGUUUCUUAAAUACUGGUACUAUCCAAAACAUUCUAUUAUUUGUAAAUGAGGUAUGGAGAAAAGUAUGAAACUUUCUUUUGAGUGAACUAGAAUGUUAUUCUGUAAAUUGAGAAUCUUUCAUUUUGAUUUUUCUUUUUUUUUCAUAUUUUUGUUUCUGCAUAUGUUGCACUUUUCAGAAAUGUUGAACACAUUAUUUUCUUGAGAAAUUUUGUUGCACUGCAUAGUAUAUAUUAUUUUGUUAAUAAUUUAUUAAUAAUGUUAGGAACUGACUGCCUCAGUCACCAUUCACUUUCAUUGUAUGGAAUAAAGAUGCAAUGAAAGUGAAUGGUGACUGAGGCAAUCGGUUCCUAAAAUUCUACUUUACACCUUUUGUGUUUCAUGGAAGAAAGGUCAAAUGGGUUUGUAACAAUAUUAAUGUGUAAAGUGUGUAAAUGACAACAGAAUUUUCAUUUUUGGGUGAAAUAUCCCUUUAACAAUUCUCUUGAAUAGGCCUUAUUGCCUUUAUAAGUGAUUUGAUUGCCAUUUUCCCUUAAAACGGUAUAUUAAAAAAAUUAUGUUGGACAAAUGUGUGUACUUUUAAAUCACAUUUUUGUUGAUAACUGGUUAUAACCAGCAUUUAACAGUUUAUGAAGUUUUGGUGUUUUUUUUUUAUUAUUUAUUUUUUUUAUUAUUAUACACAGACCACUAGUCUGAAACAAGCACAAGGAUGACUUAGAAUCAUCAAAUAUCAUCUGUAUUUUGGCAUACAUGUUUUAUGUUAGCCAUUAAAAUCUAAGCCAAGGCAAAAUACUUAUUUAUUAAUAAUGAUUUAAAUAAAUUGUGCUUCCCU